CGCCGCCCGGAAGCGGCAGCCGGGGGAAGCGUGUUCCUCGCGGAGCGCCGUCGGGGCCGUGGGCGCCUGCGCGGGCCGGCGCGGGAGCAAGCGGCAUGGCGUUCCGGCAGGCGCUGCAGCUGGCGGCCUGCGGGCUGGCCGGGGGCUCGGCCGCCGUGCUCUUCUCGGCCGUGGCGGUAGGGAAGCCGCGCGCAGGCGGGGACGCGGAGCCACGCCCGGCUGAGCCGCCGGCCUGGGCGGGGGGCGCGCGGCCGGGCCCCGGUGUCUGGGACCCCAACUGGGACAGGCGAGAACCACUGUCUCUGAUCAACGUGCGGAAGAGGAACGUGGAAUCUGGGGAAGAAGAGCUGGCGUCCAAGCUGGACCACUACAAAGCCAAGGCCACGCGGCACAUCUUCCUCAUCAGGCAUUCCCAGUACCACGUGGAUGGCUCCCUGGAGAAGGACCGCACUCUGACCCCGCUGGGUCGGGAGCAGGCUGAACUCACUGGGCUCCGCCUGGCAAGCUUGGGGUUGAAGUUUAAUAAAAUCGUCCAUUCGUCUAUGACCCGCGCCAUAGAGACCACCGAUAUCAUCAGCCGGCACCUGCCAGGCGUCUGCAAAGUCAGCACAGAUCUGCUGCGGGAAGGCGCCCCCAUCGAGCCAGACCCGCCCGUGUCUCACUGGAAGCCGGAAGCUGUGCAGUAUUACGAAGACGGAGCCCGGAUCGAGGCCGCCUUCCGGAACUACAUCCACCGCGCAGAUGCCAGGCAGGAGGAGGACAGUUACGAGAUCUUCAUUUGUCACGCCAACGUCAUCCGCUACAUCGUGUGCAGAGCACUGCAGUUUCCUCCUGAAGGCUGGCUCCGGCUCUCCCUCAAUAAUGGCAGCAUCACCCACCUGGUGAUCCGACCCAACGGCCGAGUUGCGCUCAGGACCCUCGGGGACACGGGGUUCAUGCCUCCCGACAAGAUCACCCGAUCCUGAGGGCGCCCGCAGGGCUCCGGCUUCUCCUUCCCUCUGUCCUCCCCGCACAGGCCGCACACGCUUAACGUUUUGUUCCCAAGGAGACCGGCGGAAAAGUAGAAACCUGCAAUGCUGCAUCUGGGAACUGACUUGUGACCAGGCUGAGAAGGGGAGAGUUGGGAUCAGACAGCCUGACUUCUCUGCAGGGUUUUAUACCUGACCAUGAACCCCCAGGAUGGCGUGGGGUUUAAGGUGAAAGCGUCUCACGCACAAGUCAGGCCUGUUGUGGGGACCUGAAAGAGGCCUGACCCAGACCACCAUGUUCGCACCCACAGCUGACCCGUGCUGAGGGUCCAUGCUCCAUUGGCAAAGCCGGUCAGGCACGAGGGCGACUGAGGCACGUGGAUGAGGAGGGCACCCAGGUUCUGUUCACAACUCACUUCACUUCAUACAUCCUUUUAAUUUCUUAAAACCCUCUUGUCCCUUAAAUAUUUGUCAAAGAUUUUCUGGCUGGGCACAGUGGCUCACACCUGUAUUCCCAGCUACUCAGGAGGCCAGGGUGGGAGGAUCACUUGAGCGCAGGAGUUCAAGACCAGCCUGGACAAGGCAACAUAGCGAGACCCUGUCUCUACUAAAAAUACAGAACUUAGCUGGGUGUGUCGUGGGCAUCUAGAGUCCCAGCUACUUGGGAGACUGAGGUGGGUGGAUCACUUGGGCCCGGGAGCUGGAGGCUGCAGUGAGCUGUGAUUGUGUCACUGCACUCCAGCCUGGGCAACCGAGGGAGACUUAAAGCAAUUUUUUCUUUUGAAACGGAGUUUCACUCUUGUUGCCCAGGCUGGAGUGCAGUGGUGCGAUCUCGGCUCACCACAACCUCUGCCUCCUGGGUAGCUGGGAUUACAGUCGCCCACCACCAUACCUGGCUAAUUUUUUAUUUUUAGUAGAGAUGGGGUUUCACCGUGUUGGCCAGGCUGGUCUCGAACUCCUGACCUCGUGAUCUACCCACCUUGGCCUCCCCAAGUGCUGCGAUUACAGGCAUGAGCUAGCGCGCCUGGCCAGGGAUUAAAAUAUUCAAACAUGUUGUGUGUACCCAGAUAUUCUGUUAAUUUAGGAAAAACAGUACAAUUUCUAUGAAGUGGUUGUGACUAUUUUCUGUAGUCAAUACAGUUGGGAUAUCUGAUCUAUUUCUCUGUCUACUUUGGAAAUGAUUGCAUAAUAAAAUUUUACUGUUUUUUUAAAAGGA